AUGGACAAUUAUCAUAAGCAGGAUCUGAAAGACUUCUUGCACCGAGUUCUCUCGCCUACAGUGCUUGUCCUCCCAACAGGAGAUGCCGAGAAGGUUGCUCGCAAGAAUGAGCUCUCCUUCAUUGACCUGCUCCGUCCAUGCUCACUGGUUGACACCUCCCCUAUCGCUGUUCACACUACCCGUGAUCAACCAUGGCGGGUGCCUCGUAUGAACAUUCGGUUUGUGGAGAGUGGGGAGGUGGAGCAAGCGCCCGAAGAGUUUGUGGAUGUUGUGCUGGAUGGCGUGAUCGCAUCUUCGGCUUCCACUGCCCAAGGUCUCAUCCCCGAGAUCAAAAGCAAAGAAAGCGCCGCCCUCGUCACCCAGGACAAGACAGAGAGAGACCUGGCGCCAUGGUUCGUUGACUACCGCGAGGAGCUGCAGCGAGGGCUGCGAUGUAGUGACCAUGAGUACUUUGACCAUCCCAUUGCAGCCAUCCUUGUUGUCUCUUCGCAAGAGGUGGAUGUGAUCUCCAAGCUUAUGGCUCUCAUGUCCAUCGAUGCUCUUCCCGCCUUGUUCCGAGAAGGCCUAAUGGACCCCAACAUGCUCAAGCAUUAUGUGCUGCUCCAUGACAACCAGGAAGAUGGAGGAGCGAGAGAGCGAGCAGAGGAGAGUCUUCGUCUGAUGAAGGAGACGCUCGGAGCUCCCUCCUGCUCCCUCCUGUGCAUCAACUCGAACGAGAAAGGCGCUGCCGGCCCAAGUGACGACAUCUGGACAUGCCACAGGCCUCACGCUGCUAAGAUGGACAUUCCGCCGCUAGAAGAGAACAGGAGAAGAGGAGCCUUCUUGUCUCCUGCUGACUGCGACGCCAUCACCCGCUUCGUCUCCGAGUUCGUCACCAAGUCUCUUGUGCCUCAUAUGGACAAGCGGGUGACGGCGGUGAGGAAAGGAAUCAAGAAUCAGUUCAAAUCCUGGGGGAGCUCUCUCUUCGGGAAGCCUUCGGGUGAAGCAGGACGGGAAGGUUUCAUCGAAGGGUCCGAAGCUUCUGGCCCCAUCUACCUCUACACGUCCACAGAGGGACAGAUUCGAGCGCUAGCAGAUCUUGCGUUCAUGCUCCAUGACUAUGACCUUGCGUUGUCACACUACAAGCUUGUUCAGGGUGAUUUCAAGCGCGACAAGGCAUGGAGGCAUGUGGCAGGUGCUUCUGAGAUGUCAGCGAUUUGUCACUUCAUGAUGCUGAUCCGUAUCACGGCAACCGACAAUAACGAUCUUCGGUCUGCCAUCUUGUAUGAGCAGGUGCGAGGAGGAGGAGGAGCACAAGUGAGAAAGUACGCGCUGCAUCUGGUGCAUGCGGGGCAUCGCUACCUCAAGGGAGGGCACAAGGCGCACGGCCUGCGCUGCUACCUCGCGGCGCUGCAGGUCUACGAGACAAGAAACUGGACGCACAUCGACGACCAUCUCUACUCGGCGCUCGCCAAGCACUCAAUUGCCAUGCACAUGCUCCCACAGGCUGUCUCCUUCUACGUGAAGCUGCUGGGUAACCAGGAGGGCAAGCCCGCUGAGCGUCAGCUCAUCUACCUCCGCGACUUCGCGCUUGUCAUGCGGCAGCACUGUCCCCAGCUGGUGAUCUCAGACCUGCGGCUGCCGCUCAUCAAGGACACGGGGCUGAGCAUCUGCCGUAGUGAACCCAACGCUGAUGAGGAGGCUGUGAGCGCGAACCUGAGCAAGGACUGCAUCCUGACGUGGAGCGACCUGGAGGAGGCGCUUGUGGACGCUCGCAGAUGGAGAGAGCGGGUGAGGCAAAGCAAGAGCACGUUGCAGAACUUGCGAGCAGCGCUACCUGAAGCUGCCCCUCGCAACAAGCGAUGCAUCGUGGUGGACGAGGAGACGACUUUCAGCCUCGACCUCGUGAACCCGUUGCAAAUCCCUCUGGAGCUGAACAGCUUCACCCUUGAGUAUGAGUUCUCCUCCUCCUCGCUCCCUCCACCUCAUCAGGACGUUGCAGUGCCCAAGGAAGUGGAGUGGAAGGAACACGAGGAAGAGAGCGCGAUGGAGAUCGAGCAGCAAGACCUGACGCUUGAGCCUUCCUCUCGGACGCGGGUGUCGCUGCACAUGAAGGCGAAGAAGGAGGGAUGGGUGAGAGUGAAGGGCGUCAGGUGGAAGCUAGUGGGGGUUGUCCGUUGCGUGCACCACUUUGACCUGAAAGGGAAGAGGCUCAACGACUCCAAGGCGAGGAGGAUGCAACGCGAGUACCAGCGGGACGAGCGACUAGAUAUGCAGUGCGUCCCUCCCAUGCCUAGACUGCAGGCGACGGUGAGUGGACUACCUGACACGGCUCUCUACGGCGAGAUCGUCCGCUGCCUCCUCCACGUUCGUAACGUCGGGAGUAGAGCUGCUUGCGGCCUACGGUUGGCGGUCUCGCACCCUGCCUUCUUCUCCAGGGCGAGUGGGGAGGCUGAGACUGUCGAGUAUCCUCAGGGAUAUCUGUCGCGCAAGACAAACAAGCACGAGGAGGAGAGCGUUCCUCUGCAUCCCUUUGAUGCCAGCUGGGAGCUUGAGCCUCCUGUGCUCGAACUCUGCUGGGGAGAAAAGAGUGUGCUGGAGGCAGGGCAGGCGGUUGCUAUCCCUAUCUGGUACAGGGCACACCGACCAGGAGCGCAAAACUUCAAGCUGCUGCUGCACUACACCUCGACAGACUCGAAGAGCGCGAUGCGAUAUCGCCUGCUGCGGCUGGAAGCAUCGCAGUAUGUCCUGCCUUCCCUCAAAACGUCAGUCAACCUCCGAUCGUCAGCCUCGGACAUGGACCGGCUGACCCUCGCGCUCACCGUCGACUGUGUCUUGAACUCCUCUUCCCUCAGCGACAACACGCCCUUAUCGCCCAUGCACGAGGCAGCCAAAGGGAGGAGCAAGGCUGAGGCUUCUCUCAAGCUCCUCCAGGUCAUGUGCUUGAGCUCGCGAUGGCGAGCGAUGCCGCUUGCACAGGCAGGAGGAACCACGCAGUUUUCUGUGGCCGGAGGGAGCAAGGCAAGAAGGAAGCAUAGUCUGGGGCAGGGCUCACGCACUCCGCAGGUAGUCAUCUACCUUCAAGUGACUCCAUCUGGAGAUGCCGAGCAGAAGGGAAUGACAAACUCGAGCGUUUCCUUCACCCCCGACUGCAAGCACAUGGCGCUGUCCUCCUCUCCUCUCACGGGUUUCUUUCACUACUGGGAGCAGCGGAGGUUCUGCCUCAUCCACCCACUGCAUGACACCAGGGAGCUUCAGGACGACAUCGGAACCCGCCUCGUCCUUCUGUGGAGCACGAGUGACAGCGGCCGCAUGGGUUGUGUCUUCCUCUCCUGUGGAGAACCUGAGUCGCCUGCCCGGCCUGACAUCGACUCGCUGCUCUACAACCACUCGGACGCGAGCCUGCAGAAAGAGCAUUCGUUCACGCGUGAUGGUGACAAGCUUGCGAGGCUUGCGGCGCACUCCUUAAUGGAGAAGCAGCAGCUUUGCCCCCUUCAGUUACGAGUUGAGGGGCCAACUGACGUCACGCUUGAGGCCUGCGGGAAGCCUAUGGUGGUACCGAUCACCAUCCUCGUCUCUAACAGCGGGUGGUCGCAGCCUCUGAGCAUCAGCUUCGAGGCUCUUGCGCCUUCCGAGGCCUACGGGAGCACGGAAGGUCAAGCGAUGGUAGAGAGAAGUUGGGACUUCGAGUGGGGAGGAUGUCUGCGAAAAUCGUUGAAGCUUCAGGCCCGAGAAAGAGAAUGCGUCAAGCUCUCAGUCUGCGUUUAUCGUCCGGGCGUGUACAACCUCAACAGGUUUCGUAUCACUUUCUCGCAGCUUCAAUUUCCCUCUCAGGAUUUUUCUGCCUCAAACUUCCAGCACCUGCUGCGAGUGCAUGCUCCAUAG